AUGGAUGAGGCACAGGGAAGUUCAAGUUUGCCUCCUUUUCUGGCAAAGACUUAUGAGAUGGUGGAUGAUCAUUCCUCGGAUCCUAUUGUUUCUUGGAGUAUGAGUAACAAAAGUUUUGUCGUAUGGAAUCCCCCGGAAUUUUCGAGGGUUUUGCUCCCGAGAUUCUUUAAGCACAAUAACUUCUCCAGUUUUAUCAGGCAGCUGAAUACAUAUGGGUUUAGGAAAGUUGAUCCAGAGCAAUGGGAAUUUGCCAAUGAUGAUUUUGUAAAGGGGCAACCGCAUCUUAUGAAGAAUAUCCAUAGACGGAAGCCAGUUCAUAGUCAUUCGCUGCAUAAUCUUCAAGCACAAGCUCCUCUAUCGGAAUCUGAAAGGCAGAGUUUGAAUGAUGAAAUAGAGAAAAUGAAACAUGAUAGAGAACAGCUUCUUAUGGAGAUAAAUAGAUACCAACAUGAGUGGCAAACAUAUGAGAUCCAAAUACAUUGCUCAAAAGAACGGUUGGAAAAGUUAGAACAAAAGCAACAAAAGAUGUUGUCUUCUGUUUCUCAAGUAUUGCAGAAACCUGCGGUUGCUGUGAAUCUCUUGCCACUGACAGAAACAAUGGAUAGAAAGCGGAGGUUGCCGGCGAGAAGUGGACGUGUUAAUAAUGAAGCUAUUGUGGAGGAAGAUGGUAUGGAAACUUCUGUAGCUUUACCCAGAGAAAUUGCAGAGGGCAACACACUUUUGACAUUAAACUCUGAGAAAUUGGAUCAACUUGAGUCAUCCGUGGCAUUUUGGGAAACAGUUGCAAACGAAAUCGGUGACAACUUCGUUCACUCUCACUCAGACAUUGAUUUAGAUGAACCUACAAGCUGUGCUGAUAGUUUGUCUAUAUCUUGUCGGCAACUAGAAGCUGAAAUCCGAUCCAAGUCACCUGAAAUUGACAUGAACUCCGAACCAGCUGCUCCUCCUCCUGAGACUGUUGCAUUAAAAGAACAGCCUGUAGGAAUCACCACUGCAGCAACCGGGGUUAAUGAUGUGUUCUGGGAACAGUUUUUGACAGAGGAUCCUGGUGCGGCAGAAGCACAGGAAGUACAAUCAGAAAGAAAGGAUAAUAAUAAUAGCAGAAAAAAUGAAGGAAAACCUAGUGGUCACGGAAGAUUUUGGUGGAAUAUGGGGAAAGCGAAUACUCUUCCGGAACAGAUGGGGAAUGUUGGUCAAGUAGAGAAAAUUCAGUAG